CACCCGCCGCUCCGCGGAGCGGGAGCCUCGGCCCUCCGCGCGGCUGCCGCGAGCUGCCCCGCGCCCGGCCAGGCCCCCGCCUUAGGGAUGGCAAACUUGUGCCCCGUGGCCGCCUCCGCCUGCGCCGGCCCCCGCUCCUGCUGCUGACGGCGCCCAGGGCAAGGGACAUAGGAUGACCCCAGCCUGUCCCCUCUUACUAUCUGUGAUUCUGUCCCUGCGCCUGGCUGCCGCCUUCGACCCCGCCCCCAGCGCCUGCUCCGCCCUGGCCUCGGGCGUGCUCUACGGGGCCUUCUCCCUGCAGGACCUCUUUCCUACCAUCGCCUCGGGCUGCUCCUGGACCCUGGAGAACCCUGACCCCACCAAGUACUCCCUCUACCUGCGCUUCAACCGCCAGGAGCAGGUGUGCGCCCACUUUGCCCCCCGCCUGCUGCCCCUGGACCACUACCUGGUCAACUUUACCUGCCUGCGGCCCAGCCCCGAGGAGACGGUGGCCCAGGCGGAGUCGGAGGUGGGGCGGCCGGAGGUGGAGGAGGAGGCAGUGGGGUUGGAGCUGUGCGGCGGCUCGGGCCCCUUUACCUUCCUGCACUUCGACAAGAACUUCGUGCAGCUGUGCCUGUCAGCUGAGCCCUCGGAGGCCCCGCGCCUGCUGGCGCCCGCUGCUCUGGCCUUCCGCUUUGUCGAGGUCUUGCUCAUCAACAACAACAACUCUAGCCAGUUCACCUGCGGUGUGCUCUGCCGCUGGAGCGAGGAGUGUGGCCGCGCUGCCGGCAGGGCCUGUGGCUUUGCCCAGCCGGGCUGCAGCUGCCCUGGUGAGGCGGGGACCGGCCCUGCCACCACCACGCCUCCAGGUCCUCCUGCUGCCCACACCCUGUCCAAUGCCCUGGUGCCUGGGGGCCCAGCCCCACGUGCUGAGGCCGACUUGCACUCGGGGAGCAGCAAUGACCUGUUCACAACCGAGAUGAGAUAUGGUGAGGAGCCGGAAGAGGAACCGAAGGUGAAAACUCAGUGGCCAAGGUCUGCAGAUGAGCCUGGGCUGUACAUGGCGCAGACAGGCGACCCGGCGGCUGAGGAGUGGUCCCCGUGGAGCGUGUGUUCCCUGACGUGUGGGCAGGGUCUGCAGGUGCGGACCCGCUCCUGCGUGUCCUCCCCCUAUGGGACCCUGUGCAGCGGGCCCCUGCGGGAGACCCGGCCCUGCAACAAUUCUGCCACCUGCCCAGUGCACGGCGUGUGGGAGGAGUGGGGGUCCUGGAGCCUGUGCUCCCGCAGCUGCGGGCGGGGGUCCCGGAGCCGGAUGCGGACCUGCGUGCCCCCCCAGCACGGCGGCAAGGCCUGCGAGGGUCCCGAGCUGCAGACUAAGCUCUGCAGUAUGGCCGCCUGCCCGGUGGAAGGCCAGUGGCUAGAAUGGGGUCCCUGGGGCCCAUGUUCCACAUCCUGUGCCAACGGGACCCAGCAGCGCAGCCGGAAGUGCAGUGUGGCGGGCCCAGCCUGGGCUACGUGUACGGGUGCCCUCACCGACACCCGCGAGUGCGGCAACCUUGAGUGCCCGGCCACAGAUGGCAAGUGGGGGCCGUGGAACGCGUGGAGCCUGUGCUCCAAGACGUGUGACACAGGCUGGCAGCGCCGCUUCCGCAUGUGCCAGGCCACAGGCGUGCAGGGCUACCCCUGCGAGGGCACCGGAGAGGAGGUGAAGCCGUGCAGUGAGAAGAGGUGUCCAGCCUUCCAUGAGAUGUGCAGGGAUGAGUACGUGAUGCUGAUGACAUGGAAGAAGGCGGCUGCUGGCGAGAUCAUCUACAACAAGUGUCCCCCUAAUGCCUCAGGGUCUGCCAGCCGCCGCUGCCUCCUCAGCGCCCAGGGUGUGGCAUACUGGGGGCUGCCCAGCUUUGCCCGCUGCAUCUCCCAUGAGUACCGCUACCUGUAUCUGUCACUUCGGGAGCACCUGGCCAAGGGGCAGCGCAUGCUGGCGGGCGAGGGCAUGUCACAAGUGGUGCGCAGCCUGCAGGAGCUGCUGGCCCGGCGCACCUACUACAGCGGGGACCUGCUGUUCUCUGUGGACAUCCUGAGGAACGUCACUGACACCUUCAAGAGGGCCACGUAUGUGCCCUCAGCUGAUGACGUGCAGCGCUUCUUCCAGGUGGUGAGCUUCAUGGUGGACGCAGAGAACAAGGAUAAGUGGGAUGAUGCUCAGCAGGUGUCCCCUGGCUCUGUGCACCUGCUCCGUGUCGUGGAGGACUUCAUUCACCUGGUGGGCGAUGCUCUCAAGGCCUUCCAGAGCUCUCUAAUUGUCACGGACAACCUGGUGAUCAGCAUUCAGCGAGAGCCCGUCUCGGCCGUGUCCAGCGACAUCACGUUCCCCAUGCGGGGCCGCCGGGGCAUGAAGGACUGGGUGCGGCACUCCGAGGACCGCCUCUUCCUGCCCAAGGAGGUGCUCAGCCUCUCCUCCCCAGGGAAGCCGGCUGCAUCUGGGGCAGCAGUGGGCAGCCCUGGCAGGGGGAAGGGCCCGGGAACAGUGCCCCCUGGCCCAGGCUACUCGCACCAGCGCCUCCUCCCGGCAGACCCCGAGGAGUCCUCCUCCUACUUUGUCAUCGGUGCUGUGCUCUACCGCACCCUUGGUCUCAUCCUGCCGCCCCCCAGGCCCCCGCUGGCCGUCACAUCCAGGGUGAUGACAGUGACCGUGCGGCCCCCCACCCAGCCACCAGCUGAGCCCCUCAUCACGGUGGAGCUCUCCUACAUCAUCAACGGCACCACGGAUCCCCACUGCGCCAGCUGGGACUACUCCAGAGCAGAUGCCAGCUCAGGGGACUGGGACACUGAGAGCUGCCAGACCCUGGAGACCCAGGCAGCCCACACCCGCUGCCAGUGCCAGCGCCUAUCCACCUUUGCCGUGCUGGCCCAGCCGCCCAAGGACCUGACCCUGGAGCUGGCGGGCACCCCCUCGGUCCCCCUGGUGAUCGGCUGUGCUGUGUCCUGCAUGGCACUGCUCACCCUCCUCGCCAUCUAUGCUGCCUUCUGGAGGUUCAUAAAAUCUGAGCGCUCCAUCAUCUUGCUGAACUUCUGCCUGUCCAUCCUGGCAUCCAACAUCCUGAUCCUUGUGGGCCAGUCGCGGGUGCUGAGCAAGGGCGUGUGCACCAUGACAGCCGCCUUCCUGCACUUCUUCUUCCUCUCCUCCUUCUGCUGGGUGCUCACUGAGGCCUGGCAGUCCUACCUGGCUGUCAUUGGGCGGAUGCGCACCCGCCUUGUUCGCAAGCGCUUCCUCUGCCUGGGCUGGGGUCUGCCUGCCCUGGUGGUGGCCGUGUCUGUCGGCUUUACCCGCACCAAAGGAUACGGUACAUCCAGCUACUGCUGGCUUUCCCUGGAGGGUGGCCUGCUCUAUGCCUUUGUGGGUCCUGCUGCCGUCAUUGUCCUGGUGAAUAUGCUCAUCGGGAUCAUCGUCUUCAACAAGCUCAUGGCGCGUGAUGGCAUCUCAGACAAGUCCAAGAAGCAGAGGGCCGGGUCGGAGCGGUGCCCCUGGGCCAGCCUGCUCCUCCCCUGCUCAGCGUGUGGAGCGGUCCCCAGCCCCCUGCUCAGCUCAGCCUCGGCCAGGAACGCCAUGGCCUCGCUCUGGAGCUCCUGCGUGGUGCUGCCCCUGCUGGCGCUCACCUGGAUGUCUGCCGUCCUGGCCAUGACCGACCGCCGCUCCGUCCUCUUCCAGGCCCUCUUUGCUGUCUUCAACUCUGCGCAGGGCUUUGUCAUCACCGCUGUGCACUGCUUCCUGCGCCGAGAGGUCCAGGACGUGGUGAAGUGCCAGAUGGGUGUGUGCCGGGCCGAUGAGAGUGAAGACUCCCCUGACUCGUGUAAGAACGGGCAGCUGCAGAUCCUGUCAGACUUUGAAAAGGAUGUGGAUCUGGCUUGUCAGACAGUUCUGUUCAAGGAGGUCAACACGUGCAACCCGUCCACCAUCACGGGCACCCUGUCCCGCCUGUCCCUGGACGAGGACGAGGAGCCCAAGUCCUGCCUCGUGGGUCCCGAGGGCAGCCUCAGCUUCUCACCGCUGCCUGGGAAUAUCCUGGUGCCCAUGGGAGCCUCACCAGGGCUGGGGGAGCCGCCGCCUCCCCAGGAGGCCAACCCUGUGUACAUGUGUGGGGAGGGCGGCCUGCGGCAGCUGGACCUCACAUGGCUGCGGCCGGCCGAGCCCGGCUCGGAGGGGGACUACAUGGUGCUGCCCCGGCGGACUCUGAGCCUGCAGCCUGGCAGUGGAGGCGGAGGCGGCGAGGAUCCCCAGCGGGCCCGGCCCGAGGGCACCCCCCGGCGGGCUGCCAAGGCACUGACCCACACCGAAGGCUACCCCAGCUUCCUGUCUGUGGACCACUCGGGCCUGGGGCUGGGCCCUGCCUAUGGGUCCCUACAGAACCCCUACGGGAUGAGCUUCCAACCGCCACCGCCGACGCCCAGCGCCCGCCAAGUGCCCGAGCCGGGGGAGCGCAGCCGGACCAUGCCCCGCACCGUGCCCGGCUCCACCAUGAAGCUGGGUUCCCUGGAGCGAAAGAAGUUACGGUACUCUGACCUGGACUUUGAGAAGGUGAUGCACACCCGGAAACGGCACUCGGAACUCUACCACGAGCUCAACCAGAAAUUCCACACUUUCGACCGCUACCGCAGCCAGUCUGCAGCCAAGGAGAAGCCCAGCCCAGGGGAGCGUCCUGGCUUGUCCCAGCCGCGGCGACAUCAGAGCUGGAGCACCUUCAAGUCUAUGACGUUGGGCUCGCUGCCCCCCAAGCCCCGAGAACGGCUGGCCCUUCACCGAGCAGCAGCCUGGGAGCCCACAGACCCGCCUGAUGGUGACUUCCAGACAGAGGUGUGAGUGCGACGCCGGACUGCCUACUGCGUAUAAAUAUAUAUAUCUCUCUAUUUUCACACUCCACUUUGGAACUACCCAGGAGCCAGCGCCCCCUCCCCUCUCCCGAGGGCUGGGCAGGGAGGCGCAGUGGACUCAGCCGGGCUGGGGGAGCCAGACGCGGCGUGGCCUGGGGGGCCAGGGCCCUUCCCUGUUUCUCAGAGGCCCCUCAGCCACUGGAGCCCCAUCUUUGCCCCAGCCUGUCUGUCCCUGUCCCGGGCUGGGGAGGGGGGAGGGGAACUUUGUUGGGAAUAAACUUCACUCUGUGGA